AGCACGAUGGCUGGGAUGGAUUACAUAUCUUUAUUUCUCAUAGUGACGGUUCAGCUUACAGCAGUAACUGAACAAACCACUUCCUACUUGUCUGCCAGACUUGGAGGUGAAGUGACUUUGCCCUGUGGACAUGUGAAAGGUGAUAAGUAUAAAUGCGACGGAGCUUCCUGGAAGUUCACUGGCUCAGGAAACCAAGCAGCAGUACUGCUGGUUCACGAAGGGAAGAUUCAAGAAGCCAGAUCUAAAUCAAACAGACUGAGUCUGACAGAAAAAUGUUCUCUGGUUCUGAAGAAGGUCACAGCUGAAGAUGCUGGUCUGUACGGCUGCACACAGGUCAACAGAUCUGUGGUUCACCUGUCUGUUGUUAGCAUGACUGAACAGAAGGACGGUGGUUCAGUGACGUUAAACUGCUCUGUGCUCACACCUGAACCCAGCAGGUACCUGGUGAAGUGGAUGUAUCAGGGUGAAGAUGUGGAUACACAUCACAGAGACUUGAGGAUGUCACGGUCCAGCUGCUGGGCCUCUGUGAAUUUUGAGGAACCUCACUUUAUUCAUGAGUUGUUGAAGUGUAACGUAACACACACGUCUGCUCACACUGGAGUAGUGCACCACUUCACCUUCAGCAGUCAGUCCUCAGGUGAGGGCGCACAAACAACAACAACAGCUGAAAACACAAGAUCAGUUUUAACAUCAUUCAACGAUGCUUCAUCAAAACAACAAGAUCGGUGGUGGGUGUUCAUCACUGUCGCUGUGGGUUUAGGGAUGCUCCUGAUAAUUGUUGUGUUGGUGAUCAAGUGGAAAAGAACUGAAGAGAACAGAACACAGAGGGAUCACAGCGCUGGGCUGAGCUUAAACCAAGAGACCCGUCAGGACACGGCGAGAUCACACACCACAGCUGAUCCUGAAGACGGUGUUUCCUACUCCUCCGUCAUCGCCAUCAGGAUGACCAACAGUAAAGCCCAGGUUCGCCGUAAUGAUGAUGAUGAUGAUGAUGAUGAUGAUGAUGAUGAUGAUGGUGAUCCAGUGAUCUACAGCAAUGUGAAAACUUUCUCCUCUUCUGAUCCCAGCAGCAUGUACUCCAACUUCCCAAACAUAUAAGAGUACAAAUAAGCCCACAAGCAAAUGUAAUAUAUGUACAUAUGAAUUUUGUCAGAAAUGGCGGCCAUCUUGAAUUCUUGAAUGGCUCAUGUGUUUUAUCAAAAGAGUGAUACCCAAGAAGGAUUUGUGUCAAGUUUAGCAUUUUUAUUCACAUGUGAACGAUUUCUCUGUAAUAUGUAGACAUCUGCACUAAAGGUAAUUAUGUGAUUCAUGAUUCUGAUGUCAGUCACUUCCACCCACUGACUUUACAUUUGUAGACCUUUCACAA